AUGCUCCCAGAUAGCCCAUCUCCUCGUGCCGCUCUAGCCCUCUCGGACCUUCAGCCUCAAACGGGAGCCUCUACGUUUGCUGUUGGCACCGGGUCGGGGAACUGGUCAACACACGGCGUUGGCGGUGUGGGCGGCGACUCAUUCAUGGAUAAAAACAGUAAUGGAGGUGGACUCUUCGGCAACAAUAGAAAAAAUGACCGCCCAUUCGACUCAUUCUUCAACAACCAAGGUCCCUGUGGCUGUGCCUCAUCGUCGAGUGCCGGCGGUGGACUAUUUUCACGAAAAUGA